CCCCAGCAGAGAAUCUCAAAUUUUGGUGUGAGAGUGGGCUGGAUCAAGAUGGAUUUCAAAAAAAACUAAUUGACAGAAAAAUUGGAUUUGGUGUUUUUACCACCCAGCAGUUUUCAAAGGGUAGUUUUCUUUUGGAGUAUGUGGGAGAAAGAAUUACUCCAGAAGAAGCAGAAGAAAGAGAGAAAAGGAAGAAGAGGGGUCACUGCUACGUUUAUUAUUUUAAGUGGAAUGGAAUGCGUUGAGCUUGAUAAUGAUGCAGAUGAUGAUGACCCAUUUGAGUUGAAAAGUAAAAAAGAGAACCGUCUGGAGGUGGAAAGUGAUGAAGAUCCCGUUACAGCACAUGAACAUGUUCCACAGAAUGACAAGGACCAUGUUGCAUCAUAUCUUGCACAGCCUAGCACAGAGAACCGUCUGGAGGUGGAAAGUGAUGAAGAUCCCGUUACAGCACAUGAACAUGUUCCACAGAAUGACAAGGACCAUGUUGCAUCAUAUCUUGCACAGCCUAGCACAGAGAACCGUCUGGAGGUGGAAACUGAUGGAUCACUUGAAGAGGAUCCAGUUACAACACAAGAACAUGUUCCACAGAAUGACAAGGACCUUGUUGCAGCAUAUCUUGCACAGCCUAGCACAGAGAACCGUCUGGAGGUGGAAACUGAUGGAUCACUUGAAGAGGAUCCCGUUACAGCACAUGAACAUGUUCCACAGAAUGACAAGGACCAUGUUGCAUCAUAUCUUGCACAGCCUAGCACAGAGAACGGUCUGGAGGUGGAAACUGAUGGAUCACUUGAAGAGGAUCCAGUUACAGCACAAGAACAUGUUCCACAGAAUGACAAGGACCAUGUUGCAUCAUAUCUUGCACAGCCUAGCACAGAGAACCGUCUGGAGGUGGAAACUGAUGGAUCACUUGAAGAGGAUCCAGUUACAGCACAAGAACAUGUUCCACAGAAUGACAAGGACCUUGUUGCAGCAUAUCUUGCACAGCCUAGCACAGAGAACCGUCUGGAGGUGGAAAGUGAUGAAGAUCCCGUUACAGCACAUGAACAUGUUCCACAGAAUGACAAGGACCAUAUUGCAUCAUAUCUUGCACAGCCUAGCACAGAGAACCGUCUGGAGGUGGAAACUGAUGAGGAUCCAGUUACAGCACAUGAACAUGUUCCGCAGAAGGAUGAAGACCUUGUUGCAACAAAUGAACAUAUACCACACAUUCCACAGGAUGAUGAAAACCCUGUUGCAGCACAUGUACAUGACCCACAGAUUCCAAAGACUAAUAUUGAAUAUUAUGUAGAAGAUUCUAAUGAUAGUAGCAUCAGCAUUGUCUGGAAGGAACUAUCAUCAGUGAAGGAAUCUGACAGUUAUAUAUUAUGUCCCAUUACUGGUCAGUUUGUGAGAGCAUGUGGAAAUGAACUUAUCUAUACCAAGGAGGACUCAGAUGCUGCAUUUUCGGAUGUUGAGGACUUGGCUGAUGCUGGAAAGCCCUUUCAUCGUUUAGUGAACAAUAAAGUCAAAGUCAAAAGAAUUCGGAAAAUCAAUGGGAGGAGACCAUAUAACAAAAAGCUAUGCUGUUAUUUUUGUGGUAAAGUGUUCAACCACAGGAUUCAGAAGCAUCUAGAAAAUGGGCACAAACAUGAACUUAUGGUUGCUCAGGCCUGUGCCAAAAAUUCAAAGCGUGAAAGAGACAGGUUGUUUGAUAAACUUAAAAAUCUAGGAAAUUUUAAAUACAACAUAGAAGUGCUCAAGGAAGGAAGUGGAGAUUUAAUAGUGUGCAGAAGACCAAGCAAAGAAACCCUGACAUCAUUGGAUUACUUACCAUGCAUUCAUUGUUAUGGAUUUUUCUCUAAAAAGGAACUGUGGAGGCAUACAGGAAAAUGCUCUUUUAAGAACACCAAAUUAAAAGACCAACGAGGCAUCAUCGCAAGAUCCAGGCUUUUACUUGCAGGGGGUAUAGACUUCUGUGCAGAAAAGGAAGAUUUCAGAGUCUGUGUAUCAGAAGAACUGAAAGAAACUGUUUUGUUAAAAAUGCGCCAAGACGAGGUGUACAGUGCUCUUGUUGAUGACCCAUUAAUCAUACAGUUUGGACAAGUGCUAAUAAAGCAGUUGGGACCCAGAAGAACAAACUAUGUUUCACAAAGAAUGAGACAACUGGCCCGAUUAAAAACCAAAAUAAAUGAGUUGUUGAAUAAAGAGAAUGAUCUACAUUGUUAUAUCACUCCAAAGCACUUUGAUACAGUUGUUAAAGCAGUCCAAGACUUGGCUGGUUACCAUCAGAAUGAGCAGAAAAUAUCUGUAUUUUCUACUCCGUCUCUGGCGUUAAAUCUUGGACAUAAUUUAGUGAAGGUUGCAGAAAUCAGAAGAGGCAAUGCCAUAAGAAAAAUGGAUGAAACAAUGAAGAAAGAAUGUGAUGGAUAUUUGGAAAUUCAUAGCUCAGACUGGGCACCUGCAGUAUCAUCUGUAGCUUUAGCUACUCUGCAGACAAAUAAAUUUAAUAAGCCUUUGGCACUCCCUGUAACCAGUGACCUUGUAUUAUUAAAAAACCACCUGGAUGAACAAAUAAGUGAAUUGACAAAAGAUUUGGAAAAGGAAGGAGAAAAUGCUACCCUCUGGAAAAAGUUAGCUGGAGCAGCUAUGACUAGAAUUAUCCUUUUUAACAAACGGCGAAGUAGUGAAGUUUCUAAACUUCUGUGUGCUAGUUAUGAAAACCGUCAAAACUGGGAAGAAACCAUGAAUGAAGAAAUAGCAAGUGGUCUGAAGCCAAUGGAGAAGAUCUUACUGAAGAGACUACAUAUGGUGGAAACACAAGGAAAACAAAACAAAAGAUGCCCAGUUCUGCUCACUGAAACCAUGAUUAUUGCAUUAGAUUGUCUCAUGAAACACAGAGAGGGGUGCGGAAUCUCCUCAUCGAACCCCUUCGUGUUUGCCAGCCCAACAAGUGCAAGUAACCAUAUAGACCCCUGGACAUCCAUGAACAGGCUGGCAAAAGAGGCUGGUUGUGAGCAACCAUAUCUGAUUUCAUCUAGUAGACUUAGAAAGUACCUAGCAACAGUGUGCCAGAUACUGGAUCUGGAAGACCACGAGCUUGAAUGGGUUUCAAGACAUUUGGCACAUAACAUUAAUACUCACAAGCAACAUUACAGGCAGCAUGACGCCACAGUCGAGAUAGCAAAAGUAGGAAGUCUCAUGAUGGCUGCAGAUGAGGGGCAACUACGAAAAUUUGCAGGAAAGAAAUUGUCUGACAUAGAUGUAACAGAAUUAGUACUACCUUUGGAAGAUGGGGAAGAUGGGGAAUUGAUUGAUUCUGGGGUAAAUGAAGAAGACAUUCUUGAUGCUGAGCUUUGUGGGCCUAUCCCCAUUCCCAAGACACAGAAAAUAAGCACUGGUGCACAUAAAGUAGAAGACCAGGAUGCUGGACUUUCAUACCAAAACCAACAUGUAAACAGGAAGAGAAAAGUUGCUUUCAAUGCAGAAAUAGAUCAAGAUUCUUAUGAGGAAGACGAGGAUUAUGUCCCAUCUGAUAAUGAAUCGUCGGAAGAACCAUCAUGCACCACUUUACCAUCAAAGAGAAAAAAAUGGACUGUGGAUGAGGAGAAUGUCCUUAGAUUUGAAUUUAAUAAGAACUUUAAAGAUAAAAACAUACCAAGAAAUGCAGAAGCACUGAAAGUAAAAAACAAAUACAAAUUUCUUGCUGAUAGAAAUAUUCAUCAGAUAAAGAGUAAAGUGCAACAUAUGCUGAGACGUAAAUGAGUUAACAAAGUUAGGAUUUUUGUCAUGCAGUCAAACAUGAUUCUGUGAUAAACUUUAUAAACUGGAACAGUUACUCCUGAAAAAUUAAAUAAAUUCCUUGGACUAAUUUUUUGAUCACCUGAGUUAAACUAAGAUGUAGAUACCUGUAUGCACUCUCUGCUUCCUGUCUGCAUCAUUUGUCCCUGAGGUGUGACCUUAUGGUUGUUUUUUUAUUCAUUUUAUAAUGAUAUUGUCAGCAUUAUGAUAUUAUAAUGUCUUAUGUGUAACUUUUUUUGUUAAAAGUUAAGUGAACAUGAUUGAAAUAUUAUGAGAGUAUAUACCCCAUGAUAAUUAUCUGCAUCAAUUGUCCCUGGGGUGUGGUUUGAAGUGCAUUAGUGUAAAGAUGUUAUGAGUAUGGCAUAUAUUGCCUAUAUUUUAAAAGUAUAUUACAAAUGCACGUUAGAAAUACUUAUAGUUUAAAAAGACAGUUAUGUUACAUAUCUAAUG